GGCGGGGUGGGUCCGGAGCCAGCUGUCUGUUCUAGGCUUACGAGGAAGAGAUGCACAGGGGUGCAAGAUGGCAGAGCUGCAGAUGUUACUAGAGGAGGAAAUCCCCGCUGGCAAGCGAGCUCUGAUCGAGAGCUACCAGAACCUCACCCGGGUGGCAGAAUACUGCGAGAGCAACUACGUCCAGGCACCUGACAAGAGGAAAGCGUUAGAGGAGACCAAGGCGUAUACCACCCAGUCCUUGGCUAGCGUUGCUUACCAGAUCAAUGCAUUGGCCAAUAAUGUAUUGCAACUGCUGGAUAUCCAAGCCUCCCAGCUGCGGAGAAUGGAGUCCUCCAUCAACCACAUCUCCGAGACUGUGGACAUCCAUAAAGAAAAAGUUGCUCGCAGAGAGAUUGGCGUCUUGACGACAAACAAAAACACAGCACGAAGUCACAAAAUUAUUGCUCCUGCGAACAUGGAGCGUCCUGUCCGCUACAUACGGAAACCCAUCGACUACACGGUGCUGGAUGAUGUAGGACACGGGGUUAAGUGGCUAAAAGCCAAGCAUGGAGGGAAUCAAGCUGCAAGAACUGGUACAUUGACCAGGACAAAUCCACCGACACAAAAGCCGCCAAGUCCGCCUAUGCCUGGCCGGGGAACUCUGGGGCGAAACACGCCAUACAAAACCCUGGAGCCUGUGAAGCCCCCCACUGUUCCGAACGAUUAUAUGACCAGUCCUGCCCGACUCGGAAGCCAGCACAGUCCUGGAAGAACAGCGUCGCUGACUCAGAGACCAAGAACGCACAGUGGCAGCAGUGGCGGCAGCGGUAGUCGGGAAAAUAGCGGAAGCAGCAGCAUUGGCAUUCCCAUAGCUGUUCCAACCCCUUCUCCACCAACUAUUGGCCAAGGUUUCCCUGGUGGUCCCCCACCUCCGCCACCACCUCCGCUUCCAGGGGGCGGUGGGUCUGUUCCUGGAUCCCAGUUUGGGUCAAUGACCAGACAGAUCUCUCGGCACAACUCUACCACUUCCACAACUUCUUCUGGCGGAUACAGGCGGACCCCCUCUGUGACCUCUCAGUUCUCCGGCCAGCCACAUAUCAACGGCGGGCCGCUUUACUCCCAAAACUCAAUUUCUAUCGCUUCUCCCCCUCCCCCAAUGCCUCAAUUGACUCCACAGAUACCUCUCACAGGCUUCGUGGCCAGGGUGCAGGAAAACAUUGCUGAUAGUCCAACACCCCCUCCACCACCACCACCUGAUGAGAUACCAAUGUUUGACGAUUCACCUCCUCCUCCACCUCCACCCCCAGUUGACUAUGAGGAAGAGGAGGCUGCUGUGGUGCAGUACAGUGACCCCUAUGCAGAUGGGGAUCCGGUGUGGGCACCCACCUCCUACAUUGAGAAAGUUGUUGCCAUUUACGAUUAUGCAAAGGACAAAGAUGAUGAGCUGUCUUUCAUGGAGGGGUCGAUCAUUUACGUCAUUAAGAAGAACGACGACGGCUGGUAUGAGGGAGUUUCCAACGGUGUAACCGGGCUUUUCCCUGGAAAUUACGUCGAAAGCAUCAUGCACUAUGCGGAUUAAAGAUCUCUGCGCCCCUGAUUUUUAAUAUUUUUAAGGAGAACGUACAGUUCACGUACAAAAAAGUCUAAUCUGAUUUUAAAAUUAAUUGUAAGAAGUAACGUCUUCGUACAUAUAAUACUGUGGCUUGUUUAAUUUUUAAACCUGUUUUGGUGUUAGAGGUAUGCUCCGGCACCAAAGACCUCUGAUGCAUCUGUGCUAUGGUGGAAUGUCUUCUCAUGAGCCUCAAAAGACCAAUUGCGGACCUUCCGAUAGGCGACGCCAGGUGUUGCCGCUUCUGUAUUCACUUCUGCAUUGUUGAUUUUGAUGACCAGUCGAAAUACUCAAUUGGGGCAUAGGGUGUAGUAUUUAAAUAACAAUUUCACAACUCAUCUUUGUGCCAUUAUGUUUCGUUCUUUUUGGUGCCGCAUGCAAACUAACACUAAGUUUGGCUAACAUUUGGACUCUAGUUUACUGCUUUUACUGCUGGUCGAAUCACCUUUUUAAAUAAUCACUCAUUUUUAAUAUUAAACUUUGUUUAAAGCAUGCAUUCGGAA